GGAAGUGGGCGUGGUCCGUGAAGCAGGUCCUGCCUGAGAGACGGUCGGGCUGUCAUCGAGUUCGGGCCCACGAGAGCGGAUACAGCGGGGGUCAUGUGACCGGGUGCAAGAGCCGAGAUCUGCCCCCCCGCCCUGAGACAUGGCUCUGUGUCAGUGGGCAGCAAAACACCGGAACCCGGACAUGGAAAGCUGCAGCUUCACGGGUGUCGGCCUCCGCGUCUAUCUGUACUGGAGCAACAAUAAGGAGCAUUAUGUGAGCUUCACGCAGCAGGAGAGCACGGCGGAGGAGAUCUGUAUACACAUCGCACAGAGACUUGGAAUUACCCCGCUGUGCUACACGCUAUUUGCACUCUAUGACAUUCAAGAAAAAUAUUGGUAUCCACCCAACCAUGUUUUUAAGAUCUCAAAAGACAUGAAGGUUCUCCUCCAUUUUCGCAUGAGGUAUUAUUUCAGGAACUGGCACGGCAUGAAUGAGAAAGAACCCCUCGUUUGCCGAAAUAUCCCAAAGAGCAGCGAGGAGAAGAGCCAGACUGAGCAAGCAGAAGCCAUCCUGGACUUGGCAUCGUUUGAGUAUCUCUUCGAACAGGGCAAGUAUGACUUUGUGAAUGACGUGGUGUCGCUGAAAGAUUUCUGGACAGAGCAGGACAUCCACAGAUUUAAGAACGAGAGUCUGGGCAUGGCGGUGCUGCACCUGUCUCAUAUCGCCAUUAAGAAGAAAGUGUCCUUAGAAGAGGUGGCAAAACAGGUCAGCUUCAAGGAGUGUAUCCCAAAGUCGUUUUGCCGGCAGAUCCAGCAGAACAAUUACCUUACCAAAUUCCGCAUGAGGAACGUCUUCAAGAAGUUUGUCCGCCACUUCCACCUCCACACCGUGGGCCCGGGGAAGCUGAGCGAAGAAGACGUUAUGUACAAAUACUUGUCCACCCUGGAAAACCUGGCCCCGCGGUUCGGCUCGGAGGUGUUCAGGGCGCUGUCCCUGGAGCUGCCGACAGACGGGGAGAAGCUUCCUCUCUACAUCAACGGGGGCUACAUGGACCACUCGGAGACGGUGAACCAAGAGCCCACCACCACUCACGUGGUCAUGGUGAGCGGAAUGGACGGAAUCAAGUGGCGGGAAUGCAAGGAGGAGGAAGCUGUUGAGAACCCAACCCCCAAAAAUUACUUCAGCAAAAAGAGCCGGGCCAAAGGGCAGAAAACGGCCAAAACCCAACAGGGGGCGGAAAGGAGCAACCCCAAGUGGCUUCAGUUCUGUGACUUCCAGGAUAUCACCCACAUCGUGAUCAGCAGGAGCAGAGUCAGCGUUAACUGCCAGGACAACCGCUGUCUUGAGAUAGUUUUACCCUCGUAUGAAGAAGCUCUGUCCUUCGUCUCGCUGGUGGACGGGUAUUUUCGCCUCACGACGGAUUCAAACCACUAUCUGUGUCAUGAAGUGGCCCCUCCUCGGCUGGUGAUGAGUGUUACCAACGGGAUUCACGGCCCUCUUCAGGAGCAGUACGUGGUUCAGAAGCUGAGGCAGGAGGGUCAGGAGGACGGACUCUAUGUUAUCCGCUGGAGCGCUUUCAACUUCAACAAAAUGAUCAUGACGGUGAAGAGAGCCAACCAGAACAAGGAUCUGGGCUCCAAGCAGUUCCGAAUCGAGAAGAAGGGCGACUCGUACGUCCUGGAAGGGUGGGACCGAGGGUUCCCGAGCGUCAAGGAACUGACGGACAAUCUGCGGGGAUGCACCCUGAAAUCCGGAGACGAAACCUUCUCCGUCAAGAAGUGCAUUCUGCCCAAAUCUGGAGAAAUCUCCAACCUGACGAUUUGCCGGAGAGGGAAGAACCGCGGAGAGAGCGGGGUGUCCAGGAACCUCAAUCUGAGCCAACUCAGCUUCCACCAGAUCCGCAAGCAUGAAAUCUUACAGAAAGCCCACCUGGGCCAGGGUACCCGGACCAACAUUUACGAAGGGGUACUACUGGUGAGCAAGGGCAGCGAGAUUGAGGGCUACGAGUCCGGCGAGUUAAACAACAACUCCAGCGAUUUGAGAGUGGUCCUAAAAGCGCUGGAUCCAAGUCAUCGAGACAUCGCGCUGGCUUUCUUCGAGACGGCGAGUUUGAUGAGCCAGGUCUCCCACAUCCACCUGGUGUUUGUCCACGGAGUGUGCGUACGGGAAUCUGAGAAUAUCAUGGUGGAGGAGUUUGUCGAACAUGGCCCUCUAGACGUCUGUCUACGUAAAGACAAGCUACAGAUCACGGCCGGCUGGAAAUUCACCGUGGCUCGGCAGCUGGCCAGUGCCUUGACUUAUCUGGAAGAUAAAAAUUUGGUGCAUGGAAAUGUCUGCGCAAAGAAUAUUCUACUGGCCAGGAAAGGUCUAGAAGAGAACUCGACUCCAUUCAUCAAGCUGAGUGAUCCUGGAGUGACCUUCACAGUGCUGUCCCGAGAGGAGCGGGUGGAGAGGAUCCCGUGGAUCGCUCCGGAAUGCGUUCAGAACGUCGGCCGUCUCAGCACCGCUGCCGACAAGUGGAGCUUUGGGACCACGUUGCUGGAAAUCUGUUUUAACGGAGAAGUCCCCUUAAAGGAGCGGACGCCGUCUGAGAAAGAACGGUUUUACGAGAAGGAGCUGGGCCUCCCCGAGCCGUCCUUCAAGGAACUUGCAAACCUCAUUGGUCUCUGCCAUAACUACAAUCCGGCGGGAAGACCGUCUUUCCGGACAAUCCUUCGGGAUCUGACCCAGCUGCAGCCUCAGGACCUGUCUGAUAUCGCCUCGAUAAGUCCUGAUUUUACCGUCGCCGACCCCACCGUGUUUCAGAAACGUUACUUGAAGAAAAUUCGGGAGCUGGGAGAGGGCCACUUUGGGAAGGUCAGCUUGUACUGCUACGACCCCAAUAAUGAUGGCACUGGGGAGAUGGUGGCCGUGAAGUCCCUGAAAUCUGGAUGUAGCCAGCAGCUGGAGAUCAGUUGGAAAGGAGAGAUAAAGAUCCUGAAAACCUUGUACCAUGAAAAUAUCGUGAAGUACAAAGGCUGCUGCAGCGAGCAAGGGGAUAAAGUUGUCCAGCUCAUUAUGGAGUAUGUCCCCCUGGGGAGCCUGAGAGAUUAUUUACCGAAACACAACGUGAGCCUGGCACAGAUAUUACUUUUUGCCCAACAGAUCUGUGAGGGAAUGGCUUACCUUCACUCUCAGCAUUACAUACACCGUGACCUUGCUGCCCGGAACGUCCUUGUUGAAAACGAAAAUGUGGUGAAAAUUGGUGAUUUUGGGCUUGCCAAAGCUGUCCCGGAAGGUCACGAAUAUUACAGGGUCAGAGAAGAUGGAGACAGCCCCGUUUUCUGGUACGCCACGGAGUGUCUCAGGGAGUGUAAGUUCUUCUAUGCGUCCGAUGUGUGGUCAUUCGGGGUCACCCUCUACGAGCUCCUGACUCGAUGCGACUCCUAUCUCAGUCCUCCCGCCAAAUUCAUAGAAAUGAUCGGCGUCACUCAGGGGCAGAUGACCGUUGUUCGGCUGAUAGAUCUGCUGGAGAGAGGUCAGAGGCUACCACGUCCUACAGACUGCCCUCUGGAGAUCUACAAGAUCAUGAAACACUGCUGGGAGACUGAAGCCAGUUAUCGGCCAUCUUUUACGAACCUCAUCCCCAUACUGAAGGCCUUCCACACCACCUACUCCACGCAGGCCCCGUCGGUCUUCAGCCUGUGCUAGGCCCUGCGAGCUCGGAAAGCGGAAGUGCUAAACCAGCAGUCUGUACAAGAUGGGCUGUCUGCGACCGAUAGGAUUCCCGCCUGCGUCGUCAAGCUGGGGCUCGUGUGUCUGCCGGCCUCCGACCUGGUCACGUCUGACCUCCGGAGGUCCCCCUAAUCUGUUGCGCCGGUUUCUGGAAAUCACGAGAUGAUACUGUAGUGACGCAAACGGCGGACAUGUUUUUAUUUUGUUUUUUAUUUUAUUAUAAAAGUGCAAUAGGACUGCCAAAAAAAAAAACACACUUUCCUCUCUAGAAUGCUAGUCCUCUCUAUGGUAGAGUAGCCGGAAUCCAACCAAAGAGGGUAAAGCGGUGUCCGCUCGUUAACGAAGUG